ACCAUAUCGGCGAUCAAGCUACUGUUGCUCUCCGCAGUGCUCCGCUUCUGUGAUUCCAUGCCACAACAAGAUUGUGGGAGAAGUGUUAGAAGAUCCAGACAGCCUAGAAUGGGAGACCUAGGACGAAUUAUAAGUGGAAAACAGAGUGUUCAGGGUGCAUGGCCAUGGCAAGUAUCACUUCAGCUACUUCACCCACAAUUCGGAUUUUUGGGACACUGGUGUGGCGGAGUCAUAAUAUCCCCGGAGUGGAUAUUAACUGCUGCUCAUUGCAUCAAUAAUGAUCUCUUCAACUUGCCAAUAGGAGCCCUGUGGACUGCUGUGGUUGGAGAUUGGGACCGCGAAGUUGAAGAAUAUUCCGAAGAAAGGAUUCCAAUCGAGGAAGUGAUCCUACAUGAACGAUUCCAGAAUUUUCAGCACGAUAUUGCUCUGAUGAAACUAGCCAGACCAAUAAAAAUGACGAAAAAGAGUCGUAUAAGAGCAGUGUGCUUACCAACCAAAAGACUCCAUCACAACCAAACAGAUUUUUGUGUGGCCACAGGAUGGGGACGUUCUGCAGAAGAUGGAAUGCUUUCUGGAAGGUUACUCGAAUCCAGGGUUCCUGUCCAUGACAAUGCCAUCUGCAGGAAAAAAUAUGGACAUGCGGUACAUAUCAGAUCUGGACACUUGUGUGCUGGACACUUGGAUGGAUCGAGCGGAACAUGUGUGGGUGAUUCUGGAGGACCACUUCAAUGUGCAAUGCAAGAUGGUAGAUGGAUUUUAGCAGGAAUAACAUCUUUUGGUUCAGGUUGUGCCAAACCUGGUUUCCCAGAUGUUUAUACGAGACUGUCAUAUUACCUACCCUGGAUUAAAUCCAAGACCAAAUCCUCCAUGAGGUCGAAAGGCUGAUGAAAAGUCGUGAAAAAACGUUGUUAAUGUUCAUAUGUUAUUUAUUUUCACAAUAAAAUUUUAUAUUUGUUAGACAUAUGCCUCAUUUGUUGAGGGUUCCUGAUAUAUCGACAUCUUUUUGAUUAUAGGUUAUCACUAUUUUAUAACCAAUCCAGAGAUGAAUAGAAAUUUAACUGGUGGGCUCACUCUUCAAUUGUUUCGUCAGACUAACUCUCGAUAUGGAACAAUUGCAAGCGAGUUAUGGACGUGGGGUUCAGGUAUUUGCGAUAGAGGCGCCAUAAUCGGAAAAUCGUUUAAAACCUUGUUUCUGAG